AUGGCCUUCCAUGCACCAACAAGGCUUCAAGCCACAAAAACAUCACCACCUCCUUCUCUUCUAUCUCCUACUGGCAACAAUGUUGGCCUAAGAGGACCAACCAAUCGUUUUGCUCUAAAAUCGUCUUUCUUUUCUCCUUCACUUCACCUCUUGAUUGCUUCAUAUAAUCAGCAGCAGCCUCUUGCAUCUGCUGCUCCAAGAUUCUCCAUGCGUGCUGCAACCAAGCAAGCCUACAUUUGUAGAGAUUGCGGGUACAUUUACAAUGACAGGAAACCCUUUGAGAAACUGCCUGAUAAUUACUUCUGCCCUGUUUGUGGUGCUCCUAAAAGGAGAUUUAGAGCAUUUGCGCCUGAUGUGGCAAAAAAUGCUAAUGACAAAGAUGUUCGAAAAGCACGUAAAGCACAAAUCCAGAGAGAUGAAGCAAUUGGGCGAGCGUUGCCUAUUGCUGUUGUGGUUGGAGUUGUAGUACUUGCUGGCUUGUACUUCUACCUCAACAAUUCCCUCCCAGGUUGA